GUGACAGGAACACCCUCGAAAGGCUUUGACGAGAAGGCGUACCUGUCAGCCAAGCAGCUGAAGCCUGGAGAGGACCCCUACAGGCAGCACGCCUUCAACCAGCUGGAGAGUGACAAGCUAAGUCCUGACCGACCCAUCCGGGACACCCGUCAUUACAGCUGCCCAUCCCUGUCCUACUCCGCGGACCUGCCGGCCACCAGCGUCAUCAUCACCUUCCACAACGAGGCCCGCUCCACCCUUCUGCGCACAGUGAAGAGCGUCUUGAACCGGACUCCAGCCAGCUUGAUCCAGGAGAUCAUUUUAGUGGAUGACUUCAGCUCCGACCCUGAGGACUGUCUGCUCCUGACCAGGAUCCCCAAGGUCAAGUGCCUGCGCAACGACCGGCGGGAAGGGCUGAUCCGGUCCCGAGUCCGCGGGGCAGAUGUGGCAGCGGCUGCUGUCCUCACGUUUCUCGACAGCCACUGCGAGGUGAACACCGAGUGGCUGCAGCCUAUGCUGCAGCGGGUGAAGGAGGACCACACGCGUGUGGUGAGCCCCAUCAUCGAUGUCAUCAGUCUGGAUAACUUUGCCUACCUGGCAGCCUCCGCUGACCUUCGAGGAGGAUUCGACUGGAGCCUGCACUUCAAGUGGGAGCAGAUUCCCCUGGAGCAGAAGAUGACCCGCACAGACCCCACCAGGCCCAUCAGGACCCCUGUCAUAGCUGGAGGAAUCUUCGUGAUCGACAAGGCCUGGUUUAACCACCUGGGGAAGUACGACGCCCAGAUGGACAUCUGGGGAGGAGAGAACUUCGAGCUCUCCUUCAGGGUGUGGAUGUGCGGAGGGAGUCUGGAAAUCGUCCCUUGCAGCAGGGUGGGCCAUGUCUUCAGGAAGCGACACCCCUACAACUUCCCGGAGGGCAAUGCCCUCACCUACAUCAGGAAUACCAAGCGCACUGCGGAGGUGUGGAUGGAUGAGUACAAGCAAUAUUACUAUGAGGCCCGGCCCUCCGCCAUCGGGAAGGCCUUCGGCAGCGUGGCCACGAGGAUCGAGCAGAGGAAGAAGAUGGACUGCAAGUCCUUCCGCUGGUACCUGGAGAACGUGUACCCCGAGCUCACGGUCCCCGUGAAGGAAGUGCUCCCUGGCAUCAUUAAGCAGGGAGUUAACUGCUUAGAAUCCCAGGGCCAGGACACAGCUGGUGACUUCCUGCUUGGAAUGGGGAUCUGCAGGGGCUCUGCUAAGAGCCCCCCACCAGCCCAGGCUUGGCUGUUCAGUGACCAUCUCAUCCACCAGCAAGGCAAGUGCCUGGCCACCGCCUCCACCUCCGGGUCCUCUCCCGGGUCCCCCGUUGUCCUGCAGGUGUGCAACUCAAAAGAAGGCAAACAGAAAUGGAGGAGAAAAGGAUCUUUCAUCCAGCAUUCCAUUAGUGGCCUCUGCCUGGAGACGAAACCUGCCCAGCUGGUGAUCAGCAAGUGUCAGGCUGACGCCCAGGCCCAGCAGUGGCAGCUGCUGCCGCACACAUGACAGUAGCCCUGGGGCCUCCUGUACCUUUUGCAUGAGACUUUGGGACCAGAGGGGGUUGGGGUGGGGGAGUGUCACGUGGGCCGUUUCCGUCUCCUCACAUUUCUGCCAGGAUCAUCAGCAGACACCCCUGCGACACGUUUCCCCAAAGCUUGCUCUGGGGAGGGCGCAGGGGCACCCUGCCGUGUCCGUGUCCUGGGAGAGGCAGUGGUCAGAGUGCCAGGUUGUUGCUGGCAGACUAGGCAGGUGCCCUUUGUCCUCUCCCUUGGCCCUUCCGAGGGUCUGACAGUGGUGGGUGGGGCCCUGGGUGGGGCCCUCCCCUUGUUGCUUGGGGGCGGGGGGCAAGCGCAGAAGCCUGCGCAGAGGCCAGCCGGGGCCCUGGGGCCUGCUGUGGGGACGGCAGAAGAGAAAGUGGGCGGCUUUUCUGGAGAGGCUGACGGCUGGGAAGAGAGAGAGGAAGAGAGGGGCCGCCUGCAGGGUGGGCCGCAGCUAGGAAGGAGGUGAGCUCGGAGACCUGUCCGGGAGGUGCCGAGCCCAGGGCUUGGCUGUGGCAGGAAUGGGAUCCUGGGAGAACAGGUGGGCACUCAAAGGAGAACACGGAUGGAUGGAAACAUGAAAGCGCAAGGCCUCGGGACAUUACCCAUCCGCCCUUGCCAGCCCCAUGCGGAGCCUGACACACCCCGCUCCUCUGUGCGUGUCCACCGGCUCCGCAGGAGGCCGCAGAGGGAGCUGGGAUAUUGUUUUUUAAAUGGACUGCGCCUCUGUUUGGCCAUGUGCCCACCAAGACCUCUCUCUUGGGCCUUAAUGACCAGCUGGUGCCCCGUCUCCUCUGCCUGAGCCCACUGGGAAGACAGGCAGCCACCACACACCCUCGAACAGCCCCCUGCGUUCUCACAGAUCUUUGCCUCUGUAAAUACAGCGUCACCGGUCAGGGCGGCCAGUAAGAAUGGGACUCCUUUCUGGGGCAGAACAUCCCCUACAUGGCGUGACGACCCAGGCCACACCUCGUUCUCAGUCUCGUCCCCUGCGGGGAGGGCUCCCUCCAAGGCUCAGCUAUUGCAGGGGCCUGGGAGGCUGCCUGGUGGCCCCUGUUUGGGUAGACAGUUCCCAGAUCCUUCUCCCAGCCACAGAGAGCUCCGCUCCCACUCCUCCCAUGGCCCUGUUGUGGGAUUCCCCUCUGUUGUCCCCCCUUCCCCCGCCCCGCCCAUCCUGCCCUGUGCCACUGGCUUAGGCAGUGUGAUGGUGGGGAAAGACUCUUAGUCCGGAACCCCUGGGGUCUCUGUCCUGAGGCAAAUCGCCCUGGUGUGGACACCUCUACCUGGUCUUUCAAAGAAAGUGUAUGUUCACAGGAUUUCAUGGCUUCCGGAAGGUUUAGGGUUCUCCAGUAUACCGUUAUGUGUGUGCACAUAUGCAUUUUUCCUGGGGAGAGGCCCGUGGGGGCUCCCAGCUUCUUAAAGAGGUCCUUGACCCCCAUAGGGUCUCCGUCUCUGCUUGGGAGUGGAGCCACCAUCGAUCUGAGCUGCCACCCCCCGUAGUCCUCCCUGCUGUGCCCGGAUCGCCUCUCCUGCUGCCCACAUGGCCAUGAGUGGGGAGUGCGUGUCCAUGGUCUGCGGCACCACCGCGGAGGGGUGUUCAGCGGCCUCCUCUGCCACCUGGCUCUCAGCAGCGCCCCUUGGCCGCGCUCCCGUGCUUGGACACAUGCAACCCCCCAGACUCAGCACAGGAAACCCUUCCCCUUGGUGGCCUCGCUGUUCCCUUCCUCUGCUGUGAAGUUUCACUGCCGCCAUCCCGGGACCCCCGUCCACCUGGGAUGCCUCCUGCCACAGCUGAGGACAGAAGCAGGGCCAGAGUGGAGGCCGCUCCUUGGAGCCUCAGCCGGCUCAGGUGUGGGCUUCUCUCGUUGAAUGUAAGGACUGCUGCUCAGAGCGCCUUGAGAAGGUCUCUCCCUCACCUCCCGUGGUCACCAGGCUCUGCACUUGUCAGCUGUCCUUUGUGGGGAUUCAGCCCAGUUCUGGUUUUGCUUCUCCUCUUCUUGACCAAAGCAUGUGCCACUAGCUGUCCUUGAGGACAUUGUCUUUAUGAAACACACACCUGGAAUAAAACCACUUCUUACAAGUUCA